UUGAACAAUAAUCCCCCUAUCGACUGCGUGGUUAAACUUUAAAAUUGCGUUAUUUUUUAGGAAAAUUUCCUCAGAAAUAUAAUCUUGAGAUGCUUGUUGCUCACUAAGGUAAUUUGUCGGAAGCUUCAAGGAAUUCGCUCCUCAGAGAUGGAUUCAGAGGAUGAGGGACAGAUUCGAAGCCCGGAUAAUUUGGAACUCGACCAAAACUCAUCUGGCAAGAGUGACAACAACGAACGAGGAUCGCCGCCGAGUGGCUCUGACCUAGAGCCAAUUGUCGAUGAUGAUCAUAAUGGCGUAUCGGAUUUAUUAAGUCGGAUGGAUAACCCUGAAAGUCCGCCAAACUCAAGUAGUGACGAUCAAGACGAUGAGGAGGUAUAUCAGAGGGGACCCCACACCCCAAGUGACAAUGAGGUCCAAUCGGAGCCAGGCGAUGCGGAUAAUAUAACGGAAACGCCAGAAAGUCCGAACAGCAACUCCACUGGGAGCAGCGACAAUGAAGAAGAAGAGGCAAACAGUUCAGGUGAUGAGGAGAGUGAUGCAGCCAGUGGGUCAGAGGAGUGUGGUCUUAUCGCAAGCCCAUCUGUAGAAGUCGAAACACCUCUCAGUCCUGCGACGGCGGCAGAAUCUAAAAACAACGAGGACAGUGAACAAGAAGAAAUGGAAGUCGGAGUGCAGGUCGAGGGUCUAGAAGAGGAAGCUGUAGAGGGCAGUGAAUCCGAGGGAGAGCUAAAGGAUGAACAAAUUGAAGACGAUAUUGAAGAAGAUGAUCGGACUACAGCUGUAAAUCAGGGUGGAGACCCUGAUGAAAGUGUAUCUGAACAGGACAUCUCUUGUAGUCAUCCUGGAGACGACGACGAAGAAGCGACAAAGGAUGAAAGUCCACUUCACCUGAAUCAAUCCGGAGAGAAUUCAGAAACCGAUGGUGACGACAAACCUCUUAUAAAUGAUCCAGAAAUAGUCCAAGAAAUUGAGCCAGAACUAGAAACAAACUUGGCAUUACAUCAGCCUUCAAAUACAACACAUGAAAUUCCAGAAUCCGUACAGUCUUUGGUUACUUCCCUCGCUGACAAAACAGAAUCUGUAAGCUUAGAGGAUAGUGGUCAGGCAGAGGGAGAAGCAGAUAGUGGUGAUUCACAGGGGGUUGUUGAGGACACUAAAAUAAGUAGUGAUCAAAAUUUAAUUGAUCAUGACUCAUCCACAAAGGAUAUUAUAAGCGAAGAACAAAUUACUGAUUUAACUAGCUCAGGUAAACCCGAUGACGAGGAGACUACACAAACUGAUUCAAUAGGUCAAACUUUGAGCAAUAAUGAGAUUAUUACUGUCAAGGACUUGCAGGCAAAUGAGAUGCAAGACAACCUAGAGACACCCGACCAAUCAACAGUGCCCACUCAAUCCUCAAUGGGCAACACUAACCAAUCACAGACAGCUGUAUUAACAAGUGACCAAUCGGAAGGUGUGAAGCAGGCAGCAGCCAGCCAAUCAGAGAUGCUAGAUGUUCACCACCUGGAUGAUCAUGCUGUGGAGCUGGAUUAUGAGGAAGAUGUUGAAGAUCAUGAUAAGACUGGUGGUAAAGAUGAGAAGGAAGAGGGUGAGGAGGAUGGCCUAUAUGCUGAAGAGGGCGAAGAGGAUGAUGAUGAUGGUGAAUUAGAAGAUGAUGAGGAUAUGGAGGAGGGUGAAGUCAAGGAACCAGGCAGUAGGAAACCCUUUGUGAAGAAGGUGUGCCGGUUUUACAACGAGGGCAAGUGCACCUGGGGCUCCAAUUGCAGAUUUAUUCACCCUGGUGUCAAUGAUAAAGGAAACUAUUCACUGAUUGAUCGAAGGGAGCUGCACCAAGCCACGGCCAAGCUCCUCAAUAUACCACAAGCUCCUCCAGCACCAGCGCCACCCCCUGCUUUUCCACCGCCGCCGCCUCCAUCAAAUGAGCCGGUGGUCGAGUCUGCUUGGGAGAGAGGGCUCAGGCACGCCAAGGAGAUUCGUAAGAAAGCCUUGAUGCGCAAGGAGCAGGAUCAUAACUUUGAAGAGAAGAGGAUGCUGGGGGGUAUACCGUACGAGGAGGAAAGAGAUUUCGACAAGGAGAAUGACUUCACUCUCCCACAAGGAAACACAAACUUUGAGGAGUUUUACGGCUAUAGCAUAGCUGAUGAUGAAGCGCCCACUAGAGACAACAGGGAAGGUUUUUUCCCGCAGUUUGAGGUUUACAACACCCGAUACGAGCGCCCCGAACCUACCCAGCAGGUUGAAUAUCACCGGCCUGAAAAAGAGAUACCGUGGCGAGCUGAGCGCGAGCCAGUAGACCGACGCGACACAGAGAGACAACGCCAGCGGGAGAUCAACCGCAUGCGUGAGAGACCACGUGACAUGAUGCGAGAGAAGCGCAGCCCUCCACGCCCACUCUCGAGGGAAAGGCCCCUACCAGGAAACGACCGCCCGCCAAUGAUGAGGGAAGACCGGGUGCCUAGGAUGGAGAAGGACAUGGGAGGCCCACUACCACCACCAGGGCGUGCUGACCGGCCAGCUGACGCUUGGCAGGAUCCGUGGGCGAGGUCUCGCUCGCCGAAGACCAAUGCUAAAACGACUGGGAAGAGACGUCGAUCUUAUUCCUACUCGUCGGAUUCCUUCAGUGACUCCUCCUUCUCCUCUCGAUCACGAUCCCGUUCUCGAUCCCACUCAUCCUUCUCCUCAAGCAGCCGCUCAUCUUCAGGAAGUUCGUACAGUCAUUCAUCGUUUUCAUCGAGAUCCCGCUCCAGAAGUCCCGCCUCGAGGAACCGUCGGCCCCCUGGCGCUGUCAAGCCCUCCGCCGGCGGGGUCAAACAGACAGUCAAACAGACCCCGGGGGUCAGACCGGGUGCUGGGGCCAAACUGGCCUCGGGGGUCAAGCAGCCCUCAGGGGUCAAGCAGCCGAUCGGACGGUCAGGUUAUCCGCAGGGAAGAGGUGGUAUGCCUCCUGGAAAGGCAGGGCAUGUUGGAGGUAGAGGAAAUAUGGUGGAUCCUGGGGGUCGAGGAGCGCCUGGUAGUAAAUCAGCAUCACAGAGAGCACCAAUCAGUGACUCUGCCAUGCAGUCUCUGCCAAAGAGACCGCCACUGGUCACCCCUCCUCCCAAGCCAGCCCCUUCCUCAGCCAAACCCUCGCCGGGCCUCAAGGCUCCAACCAGGGGGGCUGUCGAGCCCAAGCAUUCACACCAAGCGAUGAGAGGGCACGGUAACGCAUCAUCUAUGCAACAGAAGAAGUCAUCGGCAGGUCAGGCACCAGACAAGAGAUCUUCUGUGGCGCAAAGAGCCACAGACAGGAGACAGCCUCCGGGGAGACAGAUCCGACCUCGGGCCCGAAGCAGCAGCAACAGCAGCUUCACUAGCAACUCCAGUUUCAGCAGUCGCAGCCGCUCACGCUCGCGUAGUCCGUCGGUUAGCUCGGGAUCUUCCUACUCUAGUAUAUCGUCAAGCGAGGGCGACAUGUCACCCAGGAGGCCGUCUACGAUGAAGGGAAUCGACGGAAAGAGAUUGCCUCCCAAUACCAGGAUACCCAAAGUUGCACUUCCACCCCAGUCCGCUAAUAAACCCAGCAAAGCACCUCAGGCACCAGCAGCAAACAGCGGCAGGACCAAGCCCACUCCAGCAUCCCCGAAGAAGGCAGUCAAACCCCCAGGACCUAGCAGCAGCAAAGCACCGGCAGCAGCUUCUACCAAGCCGCCAUCCUCCUCCAGCAAACCUCAAAGUAAGCCUCCUCCAACGGCCAAACCGCCCUCAACGGGAUCCAAACCUGCCGGUAAAACCCUGAGCGGGAAACCGUCAAACGGGAAACAGUCUCCGAGCAGGAGCACCUCCCGGACUGCUGCUGCUCCGAGCGGCAAGGCUCCGCCGGCGGCAGCCAAUAAGGCCACCACCGUCCAGACGAAGCAGAAGAGUGCAACCAAACCAACAGCGCCAUCUAGGGAGAAAGAUAAGGAGAAGUCGAAGGGGUCUUCCGGGACCGCAUCUAGUGCAGCGGCAUCAGCACCACCAAGCAGACAGCAUAGCACCUCAGCUCCAGUAACUGCGGCCCCUCGCUCCAACACCCUAAAGGUCACCGCCCAUAAGAAUAUCAAAGUCACUCUCCUCAGUAAGGCUCCAGCUGAACCCAAGAAGCGUCCCGCAGAACCCAUGGCUUCCCAGACUGGCAAGAAGACUUCAACCACUCCAUCGCAAGGCAAGGCUCCAAUCGAGAAAGAUCGUAAGGCUAACCGCCAACCCACGGCCGCUCCAACUGCUGCUAAGAAACCUGUAAGCUCAGGUGAUGCCAGCCGAAAACCCGGCGCCCAGGGGUACCCGGGUAAGACAGCAGCCAAGCCGACGGGGGGCGAACGCAAGCGUCCCCCGUCCCCAACAGCACCACGCGGUCAGCCACCAGCUAAAGUACCGGCUCGGUCUGCUGCACCGUCUGCCAAACCUGCUGUAGUAGCUGCAGUUGCUAAGGCAGCUCCUGCGGCGGCGAAACCGGCAGGAGGAGCAGCGGCCAAGAAGAACACCACAGUGUCACGACGUGAAGAACUCUUAAAACAGCUGCGGGCUGUGGAGGACGCCAUCGCCAGAAAGAAAGCUAAGCUUAAAUAACUUUCUAAAAGGGUCUCAAAAACCUUUUAUCAGACGGGAAUAUACUACUACUUAAGAUUGGUAUAAACCUCAAUACAAAAUAUUUUAUAACUCUCCAAAAUUUGUAAAAUUGCCAAACCCAGGUCUUGAAAAUGUAUUAUUUUGCUUAAUGUAGGAGUCGGGGUGUUUCAUUACAAGUGCAGUAAGAUCAAAACCAUAUGUGGGUAGAAGGGAGGAAAUUGUGUGUUGGAAAUUGGAAUUUAUAAAGGGAAAGGGAACUAAAUAGAAAUCUGCAGCUCAUGAUUGUGUUUAAGCCUUUGGGGGUUGGGGGAGGGGUUCUUGUGUUCUUAAGGUCGGUUGGUGUCGGGAGAUUUUUUUCCCUGGCGCAUAGUAAUGAUAGGACCUGCUGCUUUGGUGAACUCGUCUUUCGUGAACACCUGUUUGACCUUCCAGUGGUGUAGCGAUGGGGGAUGGCAAGGGCAUUCUCUUCGUCUUCUUCUUCCUUCUUUCUUGUGCAGCCUUCGUAAUUGAAGUUAGUCGCACUGCCGGACACACCCUGCGAACCCCUUCUCUUUGCGAAAAGUGUGUACUGGGGUCUUGUACGUGCAUUGAUAGUUGUUAUAAUAGCACACUGGACCUACAGCUUUACGUCCCAUCCAAAGGAUGAAGCAGUGGUUAAGUGUCUUGCUAAAGGACACAAGUGUCACGACUCUCAAACCCACACUCCCUUGAACAGGUCAGAGCUUCAGUUCGGUGGUGGUGCUCUUAAACGCUCGGCCACGACACCUCCCCUAACAGGAGUCCUCCUUUAUCCACUCUUUUACCAACAGGGUUCGAGAGCAAAUUUUUGGGUAUAUAAACAAUGAAUCUACAACAACUUAUUUCUCGGCUAUUUUCAAGUUUCAUGUUAAUUUCUUAUCGAUUAUCAGUACAACAUCGCUAAUUUUAAACAUUAUAAAUUUUUACCACCAGUUUGGCCAAAAUAAUUAAUUAAAGGUGAAAAUUAAAAACUUGACAACAAUCUUUGAGAGAGUAGUACUGUACAUACGAUCCCGUUUUACCAGUCCUUUAAAGCUGAUGUCUUAUUGUCCCAUAAUGGAAUGUAUAGAUUUUACUCUCGUUGAAACGGAGAGGUCUCAACAAUGAUUUUAUUUUCUAUGUCAUUUGUUCCAUCAAAUCCCCCCUCAGAAAAGCUUGAAUCCUUGUAAUUUUUUUUAUUUUUCUUUUUUUUCUCUUUUUGUUUAAAGAACAAUCCUGUGAAUAAUUCCUGAAGUGUUUGCUUGUGUCCUGUUAGUUUAUUGUUGUGUCUGGCUGGAUACUGCUAAGUUUAAAGUUUAAAUCAAUGUUUAAAACAAAAUAACCAGUAAUUGUGAAUAUAUUUAGUUUCUUCGCCAGUCUCAAUUGUUUUUUUUAAUGAUAAGGAUUUUUUUUUUAUCACGUUUCAUUUUCUUCCUGGUAUUUUGUGUUUGUGUGUGGGUUAGUACUUUUGAUUGGCAAACCAAGUUGGUCGUGGGUUCGAAUCCCACCUGGUUAAUAUGCCUGUGAUUUUUUGUACAGAAAUCGGGUAAGUACUGAGUAGUGUAGUGCUAACACACAUUGGUGUAAGGGUAACCCCCAAAUAAAUAAAAGUUGAAGCAGUUACUAAAUAUUGCAUUUUGUAAAGAAUUUGUUUUAAAACGUAGUGGUUAUCUUUUGGGGUAACAUUGUACAAACAAAAUGUGCAGGUCUUGUAAUGUUGAUGACCAACUAAUGUUCGAUUUUCCCUUAUAGUUUUUAGGUUGUUUGUAAACUUUAAUAUCAUGAUGAUCAUUUUCUAUGGGGAAUGGAAAUAGCUUUUUAAUGGAUCGUAGUCCAGGCUAUGUGAUUUUUGG